CUUAUGAGACGUACACUUUUCUAUGACCUGGUCUCGAAUUUGUUCAUCGACAUUGGUGAACUCGCACAACUGGGCUUGUUGUCUUAAUCUCGUAAUAAACUGUUCAAUAUUGUCGCUAUUCUGAAACAUAUUUCUGAAACUGUAUCGUUCAUAUGGAACGUUGACUUUUCCUUUGAAAUGUUUGUUUAAUGCAUCUAGAGUUUUUCAUAAUUCGACUCACCUUCGUCCGCUGGUAAUGUGAAAUAUAUGUCCUGAACCUCUUGGCCCGCACAAUAUAAUAACAAAGCCUGUUUCUGGUCCAAAUCAGUAAUUCCUUUCCCGAUAGAAAAUAAAUCAAAACUUCUCAUCCAGCGCUCCCAUGUCUGGUGCAUACGACACUGAUCGGUGCGCGUUUCAAAUUUGCUCAGUCCGUUUAGCUCAAUUAAAUUCGCCAUCGUUCUUUUUACAGGUACCUCGACUUGAUCAUUCUCUGAUUCGUCUUGUCCGUUCUCAUAAUUUUGAUUUUCCUCGUCGCAAGAUGUUACGUCGUGUUCCGGAUUUAACCACAAACGUCGAAUUGAAUCAACCAUUUAUUAGCCAACAUGGCCGCCCGAUUCCCUGUCGAACACGCGCUCUCGUGCCCCAGGUUAAUGAAUCAUGGGUCUACUUGUUUCUAAGCCGCCGGCGUAAUCGGCGAUGCGGAUUUUCUACUUGUUUCUGAGCUGGUUAUGCGUGCGCAUCUUCGGUACACGCCGGUCUGCGCCGGAAAAUGUUCAGCGGCGACCCGGCUUUCAAAAUGGCGGCUAAAAGGUAAACAUGUGCUCAUAACACUGGUUAAUUGAUAAUUGCAUACAUUUAAAAUAUUUCCGUUUGAUACCGAGUGCAGAAAUAUGUUAUUUUUUACAUUUUUAGUCUAUAUAUUCCUUAGAAAUGCAAUGACAAGUUACAGAUAUUUUUAAAAAUAAGUGACAAUAUUCUGUGCAGUCAGGCACUAGCAAAUCGCCAAUUGCGAUGUUUUUUUCGUGUGAAAUGGGCUCAUGACACAUGGUUUUGCUUGUUUCAGCACUACACCAGAUUUAAUGGACGUAAAGGUUAACAUUGAUGGGAAGGAUGUGACUAUACGUGUCGACGCUGACACGAUAAACUGUUUGAGAAGGAAAGAUCCAUCUGUUAUUGAACUAGUCAUGAAGUUGGCAAGGGAACAGUUGGCAAAUGAUACAGACGAAGAAGAUCAUACUAGCACCGAACAGUCAGAAGGGCUGGCAGAUGAGUUGCCUGACAUCGAAGAAGACUCAUCAAUGUCUGCUACAAGGUCUUCUCCUUCUCCUCCUCACUCUUCGAGUGACAGCACGGCCACAUGCAGCUGGAGUAAUGAGAGUGAAAGUUUACUCUUAGAAACGUUUCAAAAGCUAAGUAACAGCAAACAACUAAUGAAAUCUAAGUGGAAACAUAUAAGCAAAUCACUAGAAGAUGAGGGAUUCUUUUUCUCUGCUGAAAAAUGCAGGUUAAAAGUAAAAACACUUAAGGAAAGACAUGCUAGGAUACAGAGAAAACGAGGAAAGUCUGGGGAGAGUCCACCAACAGACAGUAUGGAGGACAAGUUGGAUGAAGUUUUCCAAAACAUGCCAGAUGUUAAUCCAUCAUGCAUAAUUGAAUCUGGUACUAGUGAAGAUGUUAAGAAGACACACAAGAGACCCAGAACAGGUCAGAAGCAGGCAGAACUGAAGUCCGAACUGAUGGAUUUACUGAAACAAUCAAAUGAUGAUGCAGAGCGGCGGCAUAGAGAAAAGCUUACUGUGUUCAAGCAAUUCCUGGACAUUGUAGGGAAAAAAUGAUUCAGAGAAACUUAUUGAUGUAUUCUCUAUACGUAUUAUUUUGUAUGGGACAAAGAAGCUGCAAUAUUUUUUCCUUAUUUUUUUUUACUUUUGUAAUGGCAAAGUAGCUGUGAUAUUUUUGUAAUGGUAAAGUAGCUGUGAUAUUGUGUGAUCGGUGAGAUUGUAUUACUCUUCCCAACACACUAAUAAGUGCACUCUAGUUUCUGGAGAACGUGCAAAGUUAUUUAGAUGGAUAAUAAUGUUUUGAUCGUCAUGUUGGACAUCAAAUGUCCAGAAUCACAUGAAAAAUGACAGAUAGAAAUAUUACCUGGUGGUAUGUUGUUGAUUUGCAUUUUGAAAUUUUGAUGUAGUACUUAUACUAAAGUAUGAUUAUCCCAAUUUUUGAAAGAUUAUAACUACAAAGGUUAUACAUUGCUGACCAUUUAUUUCACUAGAAAAUAGAAUUUUCAACUGUAAUGACUAAAAACUUGAAAUGAUGAUGUCUUUUUUUAUUUUUUUAUUUUAAUAUCGUCAUUGAAUAUUGUGUUGGCAAAUACAAGUUGUGAUUUGCUAUUCUUUUGUGUUCAUUAAAUUGUUCAUGUUUUACAUUCAUCUUUGUUUUCUAUGUUCAAUCAAAAGAAACAUUUCCAUUUUUUUUCGAAAACAUGAACUAUAGUCUGUUUGUCAUGUUGAUCCU